CGUUAUCUUAAAUUCAAAUCAGUGUUAAGCCUAGCAGCAUAUUAUCUAUUCAUUUCCGAAUUUGAAAACUCAGAAGGCGAAAUAUGAGCAUAUUUCUGAACUUAUGUUUCCUCAUUGCCAUCACGGCACUUGUAGGAGCAACGCCAGUAUGGGAGACCGUUGACUAUCCCGAGGAGGGUGACCUUUUUGAAGGGGACAUUCUGGGCCCCCUGCCAGCCGUUACUCGAGCUGGUAUCAUCAAUCCUGCAGCACGAUGGCCAUCUGCCACAAUUCCGUACCAGUUUACCUCCACAUUUCCAUCCAAUUACCGAACCCUAUUUCAAUCCGCCAUAAACCAUGUCGUUGGACGAACCUGCAUCCGUUUCAAAACCAGACAAGCCGAAUCUGACUACGUCGAGUUAAACCAGGGCAAUGGGUGCAGUUCGGCUGUCGGGCGAAUCAGAGGAAGACAAGGUUUAUCUUUGGCGAAUGGGUGUGGCAGUUUGGGGACAUUUGUGCACGAGAUGAUCCACGCCAUCGGCUUCUGGCACGAACAGAGCAGGACGGACAGAGAUAAUUAUGUCACCAUUAAUUGGGGCAAUAUUGAGUCAGGGAAGCAAGGAAAUUUCGAUAGCUAUGACGCAUCCUACAUUUCUCCGUUCGGAGUGGCUUACGACUACUCGAGUCUGAUGCACUACAGUAGCACCGCCUUCAGCAAGAAUGGCCUCGCAACAAUCGUUCCGAAACAAAGUGGCGCCAAAUUGGGGCAAAGGGAUUCCAUGAGCAAUUCGGAUAUUUGGAAAAUUAAUAAUAUGUACUGCCCAGGAACACAGGGAGUUCGAAUGAAGAGUGAAUUUAAUGAACAAUAUCUCGACGUCAGGACUGGAGUUGCUAACGAGGGGCAAGACAUUCUUACUUGGUCGUGGUUGAACAAUGACAACCAGAAGUGGACUCUGGAUUGGUCUGCAUUCAACGACCAAUCGCGUGGCUCCAAACUUUGGACUUGGGCUCAGACUAGUGGAAGUGUCAAGCUGAUGGAUGAAAACCAGCAAAACGCUGGUGUAACUAUUUGGGGUGAAAACGGAGGAAGUAACCAGUACUGGAUCGCAACUCACAUCACUGGAUCGACUUACACCAUAAAGAACAAGAUGUCUGGCCGAUGCUUGUCCAACAAUGGUAACGAUAAGGCGAGCUGUGCUGCAUGCAAUUCUUCCAAUUUGAGACAACGUUGGCAAAUUUAUGCAGCUGUCCCUUAAUAAUUUACAGCAUUGUAAUAUAUCAUGCGUGCUUUUGUUAAGACUAAAAGUGGAAAAUAAAUAUUAAAUAUUUUUGUCCAAA